GGGAAGGGCGUGGUCCCUUUAAAUGAUAUGGAAGGGGGACGGGAAGUGCUGGGUAGAGGAGGGCGUGGUCCUCAGCCAGGGCUUCAUCCCUGGGCCUGUGCCCACCUAGGUGAAGACAGGCAUUUUUGUUUUCCUGCCCGAAUGUUGCAUUUCCCAAGACCACCCUGGCCUGCCAUGUCCUCAUCCUGUGCCUAUAAAAACCCCCGAGACCCUGGCAGGCAGACACACAAGCAGCCAGACGUUGAGAGGAGCAUGUAGGCAGAGAAUACAGGGGCUGCUGGAUGUCGAGAGGAACGCACCAGCAUAGGAGCACAGCGGCAUGCUGGCAGGCCGUUGACCAGCGGAAGAAUGCAGAGUUUGUCCGGGGAGGUCAGAGAAGAGUCAGGCCGCCAUACUUGACUCCAGGAGAAAACCAUCUCCCUUCUGGUUCCCCCGUCUGCCGAGAGCUACUUCCACUCAAUAAAACUUUCCACUCAUUCUUCAAGCCCUCGUGUGAUCCAAUUCUUCCGGUACACCAAGUGCUGGUAAAGAUGUAUACCUGGCAGCUGACCGUCAAAUCUUAUGAAGGAUUAAAACAUAAAGUUUGCAUUAAAGGUCAAAACAGUCACAAGCCUGCUCAAAUUCAAAAAGAGGGGACGGAAAUGGAACCUCUUCAUGGGAGGAAGGACUGGGGAAGCCUCACAAUCAUGGCGGAAGGUGAGGAAGAGCAAGUCACAUCUUAAGGCGGAUGGCGGCAGGCAAAGAGACAAAGAAUGAGAGCCAGAGCCAAGUGAAACGGAUUUCCCCUUAUCAAACCAGCAGAUCUCACGAGACUUAUUCACUACCACGAGGACAGCAUGGGAGAACCCGCCCCCACAAUCCAACCAUCUCUCCCACCAGGUCCCUCCCAGAACACGCGGGAAUUAUGGGAGUACCAUUCAAGAUGAUAUUUGGGUGGGGACACAGAGCCAAACCGUGUCAGGUGGACUGCCAGUAAAAAGGGGCGGGCGUGUGUUAAUGCUUUGGAGAAGGCAUUGUGUCUCCGAUAGGAACUACAGGUGAGAGAUCCCAGUGACAGAAGGUCGCCAAGGAAUCUGUGGGAGAGGAAAUAAGAAUUUGGCUGUCUGUUCCCAGUUGUUUGAGACUGGGGAGAAGACGAUGAGAAAAGUUUUAAAUUGGAUGAUAGGUUGAUACUCAGAUAUUAGGCAGAAAAGAACUUUUAUACUCCUGAAAAAUGAGAGUUCUUCUUAAUAACUAAGUAGAAAAAAAUGUCAGAUCGGCCUAAUAUUUCAUCUGGGGAUAAAUAAGGACAGUUCAAAAUUAGAGCAGUAGUGAGAAAAAAAAAUGGUCACUCUCUGCUUUUAACCUGACAACUCUUAUUCAAUAUUUAAAUGUUAUACAGGUUUUAGAUAAAAUACUAAUAAGUAAAACACCUAUGAUAGAGUUCUGAGUAAAAUGUACAGCAUUCUGUACUUCAUAAAGAAUAUAAACUCAAGUUUAUUAUAUAUAUUAAUGUUCUCUCUAUAUUCUUUCUAUAUAAUCUAUUAUAUGUAUUUUCUCUAAUAGUAGUUUAAAAAACCCACACAUACAGGUAUGUAUAGAAAAAAUUGGAUGCUGACACACUUACCUAAUGUUAAGACAAUUUUAUCCCCUGGGAUUGAUUUAAAUUUUCUUCUUUAUAUUUAUUUCCUCUGGCCCUGGAGGCUGUGUAUACUUAUUCUUUGAUGCAAAUACUUUUUCUUUUUUUUUUCAGAUGGAGUCUCACUCUUGUCGCCCAGGCUGGAGUGCAGUGGUGCUAUCUCGGCUCACUGCAACCUCCUCCUCCCGGGUUCAAGCGAUUCUCCUGCCUCAGCAUUCCAAGUAGCUAGGAUUACAGGUGCCCGCCACCACGCUCUGCUAAUUUUGAAUUUUUCGGUGAGACAGGUUUUGCCAUGUUGGCCAGGCUCAUCUUGAACUCCUGACCUCAGAUGAUCUGCCCGUCUCAGCCUCCCAAAGUGCUAGGAUUACAGGUGUGAGCCACUGCACCGGGCCGCAGGUACUUUUUUGAAUCCUUUGAAGAUGUCUAUUGGAAAAUGUGAUUACACUUCCCAGGAAGCAGGUGAUAAUCUCUCCCUAAGCCCCUUGACAAUGGGUGGUCCAGCCUCCUGUUGGGGUUGGUUGGUCCUUUGGCAUGAUUUAAAAUUUCUUAGGCAAAUUUUUAUUUUCAGGCAGCCCCUCGCUGGUUGAUGAGAACCAUCUGCAUGCUGUUGCCCCUGCUGAUGAGGGAAUUCUAGCUGGUUCCAGGGCUGCUUGUGCUUCCUCUGCACAGUACUUUCUUGUUAUUACCGUGGCCUCUUGCCUUUAUUUCAUAGGCCUUUGUCAGACCCUGGGUAACAGUUUUCCUAAAUAUCCAGGGCUCCAGGAGGCCCUUUUUCUAGGCUUAAAGCUCUCCUAACUCCUUCCCAGUCGGGAAAUUGAGACUUAGAGCAGACCAACAACUUUCUCCUAAAAUAAAUCACCUCCUCUAUCUGCAACCUAGGUCAGCUUCUCUAACUCUUUUACCAGCUGGAGGCCAGUGAUCUGCUAAGGUCAUAUGUGUGCACAUGUUGCUGGGUGAGUCUAGCUUUCUAUAGGCUAUGGGAGUGGUUGACAUACAUUUCCUAGGACUUCGUCAUACACAUAAUGGAAAUAAUUCCAUGUGAACAUGCCAUUUUUAGCUUACUAAAUCCAAAAGUAUAUUAAAAGGUACUUUAUGAUAAAUAGAAGAAUAGAAGAAUAUUUUCACUUUGUAAAAGUUUUCAAUGUUCUAAUUCACUCAUUAACAGUAAAAAUCACAUAAAUAUCUUGAUAGAUGCUGAAUAAGAGUUUUAUAAAGCUCAUUAUUUAUUUUAAAAAUUGAAACAAACAACUUAUAAAGUUGAAUUUCUACCAUAUUAUGUAUUUUUUAAAUUCUCAUAAAAUUGAAUGGAAACUUCCUUAAUGCGUUAAAAGCUUAUACCAAAAUAUAAUGCAAAUAUAAAUAUUUGAUGCAUAUACAUCAAAUAUCACAUUUAAAGGUUAGAUACAUUAUCUUAAAUUGGGAGCAAAACAAGUGUCCAAUUUUAAUUAUUGGAUUUCAAUAAAUCACUUGAGAUUAGGGCUAAUUCUUUGGAAUUCAUGUAAAAGAAAUAUGGAUUUUGAAAAUUUUGAGAAAAAAAUAAAAUAGUAUAACUCUAUAAUUACAGAGAUAUGAUCCGCAUGAAAUCCUAGUAGAAUUAACAAAGAAUGAGUGUUAAUAAGAGAACUGAACAAGUUUGCUAAACAUGAGGUCAGCUUUCUCAAUUCUUCAGCAUUCAUUUAAGUAAGUAAUGCCAACCAAAACAAAAAAUAAUGUAAUAUAAAACAAUAGCAACAAAAUUUUAAAAGCAUUUAGAAAUUAACCUUGGAAAGAAAUCUAUAAACCUUUAUAAUAGAAAUUUUAAAAUUGUAAUAAAUGAAAUUAAAGAAGACCUAAGUAAAUGUGGAGAUCUAUUAUGUCUUUAUUUAACAAUAUAAAAGCUUUUAUUCCAAAAUAAACGUAUAAGUUCAAUGUAAUUUCAAUAAAGAUUCAGUAGUACCUUUGAGGAACUGAACGUAUAUACGUAUAUACAAAAUAUACAGAUACAAAAAUAUCUGAAAAAAUCAGCUGACAAAAAAGAAACAGGGUAUCUUCUUAGUGAUAUAUAAAUGUAUUACAAAGCCUAAGUAAUAAUAUUAUAGGAAAUAAAGAGUGAAAAUAUUAAUGUAACAAAAUAGAGUUCAAGAGCAGACCCCUUGAUCUGGGAACUAGAUAAAGAUGAAAGUGGUAUCAUGUCCAAUGGCAAAAGGUUGAAUGGUUCAUAAAUUGUUUUGGGAAAACAGACUUACAAAGUAUAAAAAUAAAAUUGGCCUUCUAUUUCAUAGCAUACACAAAGGAGGACUCCUGAUUGAUUAAUGAUUUAAAUGCAAAUAGUAAAACCAUAAAAAAUAAUGGGGCUAUGGAGACUUCAUUGCAGAACCUUAAAAGCACAAUGUAUAUGGAUUUAACUGCAAUGGAUUUAUCACCAUAAAAAUUCAGGAUAUUUUUCCAGCAAUGAAUAUUACAAAAAAUGUUAACAGAUGGACGACAGAUUGGGAGAAGAUAUUUGCAAAGGGUUUAAUAUUAAAACUAUACAAAGAAUGCCUUCCAAGUAACCAAAAAGAUGAAAAAAUUAGUAAGGAAAUUGGCAAAGUAUAUAAAUGGCACAAAAUGACUGAAAAUUAUGUGUAUAGAUGUGCAACCACAUUAGUAAUCAGAUAAAUGCAAAAUAAAAUAAAAUACUACUUCACAGUUAUUGGAGUCCCAAAAUGGAAAAGAAACUGUGUUGAUAAGAAUAUGGAGAAUUGAUGCUUGUCGUCUAUAGCUUAUGGGAACAUAGACUGGUGCAGCCUUUCUGGAGGAAAUUACACAGUGAUGGAUUUACAAAUGCUUACAUCGUACUACUCAACAAUGUGAUCUUUGUUAUUUUAUUCUGGAAAAAUCUUGCCCCCAUUCCAAGCAGGGACAUGUUUUGUGGAAAUAGGUAAUUGGAGGCAACAUAGCUAUUAUUAUUAGGGGAAUGAAUAAAAGCAAAAUGUGUUGAUUACAUACUAUGAUUGUAUUAGUCUGUUUUCAUGCUACUGAUAAAGACAUACCUGAGACUGGGAAAUUUACAAAACAAAGAGGUUUAAUUGGACUUACAGUUCCACAUGGCUGGAGAGGCCUAACAAUCAUGGCGUAAGGCAAGGAGGAGUAAGUCACAUCUUACAUGGAUAGUGGCAGGCAAAGAGAGAAUGUACCAGCAGGAGAAAUGCCAGAUGCUUAUAAAACCAUCAGAUCUUGUGAGAACUCACUCAUUAUCAAGAGAACAGUAAGGGGGAAUAGCCCCCAUGAGUCAGUUAUCUCUGCCUGGCCCCGCCCUUGACACCUGGAGAUUAUUACAACUCAAGGUUAGAUUUGGGUGGGCCCACAGAGCCAAACCAUGUCAAUGGCAUUCAUAAUCAACAUGUCUGAUCUUAAAAACUUCAUGUUGACUAAAUAAAUAGAAAAGAGAAUAUUGAUAGCAUAGUAAUAAUUACAAGUACCUUCGCAAAACAUUAUUCUUGUUUUAGAAAAAAUUCUCAUACUGAAAAAAAAAAACCCCAAAAUCAUGAAAUCAAGCAUUUAUUCCAUUGAUAGAUGAAUGGGGGUAGGACACAGGGAGGAAGGUGAGAAAUAUAAGAUAAAAUAUAUAAUAAAAUACAAUGAAACAAAAUGGGGCCUUUCAGACUGAUGGUGAACGUGUAUCAUGAUUUAUGUGAAAUGUUUAAUUCAGUUAUUUGGACCUGUGGUAAAAAUCAAAUAUCAUGGGGUAAAAAUUAAAUGAAAUUUUAUUUUAAUGCACAGGAAAAUUGGUCAUGCAGACAGAUCCUAUUCUACUAUCAAUCUCUUUUUAGGAAAUCCCUUUACAAACAGUAGACUGUUGAGCAUUGUUUCUUCAAAUUUUCUAUAUGUGAAGAUUUAAAAUAUUAGGCAUUUUUGAAUAUGGAAUUGAUAAUGUAUGGUGAAGGCAAUUUCUUUGUGUGUUUUAACAAUGCUAUCCAAUACACAAUGAGUAUGUAAAACAUUUCUGUCAACUUCAAGUCUGCCAUUUUGUUCUAUUACUUGCCAAUAUUUUCACUGCAUGAAAUUAACUUUAAUUUCUUUGUUUCUGAGGAGUUGGUGACUUUCUGUAACAUAUUUUAUGUAUAAUCCAAAACAAUCCAUCAAGCACUCCCUCCCCACACUCCCUGUUUUUCUGUUGACAUUCAGAUUCAACACAUUUAUAAAAUUAAGGACUGUUUUGCCAAUCUCAGGUACCAGGUGUACUAUACUUUGAGGUUUAUUUAUUUUCUUCAAAGUCAGACUGGAUUUUGGCCCAUACUUCAUUUGAACUUCUCUCCUUGCAUUAUUUGUCUAUAGGAGAAAUAUUGAUUGGAAAAGCAGUGUAGAAUAAAGUUAAGUAUCUUAUAUAAUUUUUCCUAAAUAAUUAAAAAUGAGUUUUUUUAAAAAGUGAUGUUAAAAUUGUUAAGUAAAAUCCAGUAUGACUGAUUCUUGGAUUGACUUCCCAAGGAUUCAGAUCUCACUGGAUAAGCAUGUAAUAUGUCUUACAUGAUAAAGUAUCCAUAAGAGUAGCUAAUAGUUUUCUUAGCAUGUAACAUUCAAAACUGAGCAAUUAAUAAUAUGGAGUGACCGGUAGCUAACAGUAUUUAAAUUUAAUGGAAACUUCACAAAUUCAUGUUCUUCCAUUUCACAGGCGAAAAGGCUGAUAUUUAACAGUAUUCAGUUUUUUGGGGGAAUACUUUUUAGGAGUAAUAAUAUUUUCUAAGUGCUUAUUCAAGAUAAGUUUUACAUUAUGGGAAAAUGCAAGUUAUUAAUUCUCAUUAGGUUUAUUUAGUGUUCUGUCACUCUUACAUUUUUAGAGAUUUUCCUAAUAAGAUAUGUAUAUUUUGACAUCCUCUCAAUAUCUUGCAUGGUAUUUAAUAUUGAUAUAGAUAUUCCUUUAUGUUAUCCUGGAGUUUGAAAAUGCCAGCUUGUGGUACAUCCUUUGUAUAUUAUGAAUUAAAAUAUUUGCCAUUCUUUAAAAUA